AUGAACAUCCAUUUUAGCCUGGCAAGGCUCAUUCCCCCUUUGCCUUGUAGGGAGCUGGAGCUGCGCUUCUCCAUCUCCGAGGUGCCAGCGGUGGUGGUGCUGAAGCCAAACGGGGAGGUGAUCGUCUGGAAUGCCGUAGAGGAGAUCCGGAGCAUGGGCCCUGCUUGCUUCCAGAGCUGGCAGGAGGCUGCCGAGCUGGUGGACAGGAAUUUCCUCCUGGCAGAGGAUUGGGAUAAGCGGAGCAGGAGAAGCAUCACGGACCCCAUUCGCCACCUCAAGUACAAGCUGGACAAGAAGAUGGAGGCAAAGAACAAGGAAAGGGAAGAGGAAGGCGAAGACUUGGAAUAGGGGCUCCGAGAAGUGGCUGUGUGGGCUGAUGCCCCUAUCCAGCAUCUCUAGGACAGCAACAUCUGCAUCCUCCUAGGACCUGGGGCAGUGAAAAGCUCACCCCAAGAUCUUUGUCAUUUAUCUGCCAAAAACAAAAAGGGAGAAGAAAAAUAACUGCAAAAGACCAGAAUUUGGGGAAUAACUCACUAAACAAUUCAAAAAAUGGGAA